AUGGAGUCCUUGAUGCAGCGGAUCAAUGAGCACAUUCGUAUGGAGGAUGAUGCCGCCUCCGCGACCCAGAAGGUUAAUCCGGUCGCAGUGGACAGAAGGGUAGCAGGGAAAGUUCACUCGGUCAGGCAGGAGGAUAACCGCCCAAGUGACCGGCCAAAAGAUCAACGACGCGGCCCAAACCGCGAUGACAGAAACAAGGGUCGCAGAAACGACCGAGCUGACGCUCCCCGUGAUGUAGCGGAGGAUGCUAAGAGAAAAUUAAAGGCGCGGACUGGAAUCACCACGGUCUUUAAAAUCCCUAUCUACCGCAUCUUGACUGAGAUCAGAGGCGAGCCUUUUGUCCGCUGGCCGGCCAAGUUGGGGAAUCCACAAAGAGGCUUCAACUCAAGGUAUCGCUGCACCUUCCAUGAGGAACGGGGACACCGAACGGAGGACUGCUUGCCGCUCAAACAACAUUUGGAAGAGCUAGUGGCCGCGGGACAUCUUGACCAAUACAUAUAUGGGGGUGUGAAAGCCACGCCAUUGGGGCAAACCGAGCCAAAUGGCCUAGCCGCCCUAGAGGCAGCACCCCAAGGCGUAAUCAACGUCAUCCAUGGCAUCGUUGAACCAACAAGGGUCUACGAGCUCAGAGGGAUGAUUAAGAAAGCCGAGCACAUGAGGGAAGUGCUCUCCGUUCAACCCGCUGUAAAGAAAGGGAAGACCGAGGAGAAGGACAUUCUUACCUUUUUGAGCAGGGACUUGGAGCGGAUCCAGAUGCCCCACAAUGACGCCCUAGUAGUAACUCUUCGCGUCAAAGACUUUGGCAUCAAGAGGAUCUUGAUCGACCAGGGAAGUUCAGUCGAAAUUAUGUACUAUGAUGCGUUCAAACAAAUGAAGUUGGAGGACAAGGACUUGGCCCCUGCAACGUCCCCUUUGGUUGGCUUCAACUCUCAGCCAGAGUGGCCAGUAGGGAAGAUCAUACUGCUGGUCAAAGCGGGUUCAGUCACAAAGCAAGUAGAGUUCUGGGUGCUCAAAGUCCCAUCCACCUACAACUUAAUUUUAGGCAGGGGCUGGUUGAACGCCAUGCAAGCAGUAGCGUCGACUUACCAUCAGGUCUUGCGCUUCCCGGCACCAAACGGACAAAUAGAGGAAGUUUGGGGAGACCAGGUGAUGGCAAAACAAUGCUUCGUUGCGGUAAAUGGCAGCCGAGCCGCUAAAGGAUUUGUCCAAAUGAUUGAGGGACCCGAGGGAAACGAGGUCCUUGAAGGCGUAUGA